AUGCUAGCUGCUAGACGGUAUUCGUUAGGCACCCGUCGGAGUCGCAGGUUGGGACGCUGGUGGGAUGGCCCCCUGGGUGCCAACAGCAGCAAUGCCUGCAAGCUUUGCUCGCUCGGACGCUUCCAGCCCGUACAAGCGCAGGUUGGCAUCUCCAGCUGCUUGCCUUGCGCCGUGGGGAACUACUCCGAUGAACCUGGGGCUUCCGCAUGUCGCUAUUGCAGCCCUGGGUACUACAGUUCUUCCGUUGGCAGCUCUACUUGUCAGCUCUGCGAGGCUGGAACCUGGAGUCGUCAGCCGGGCACAGUGGGCAAAGCGAUGUGUGUGGAUUGUGGCGAUGAUUGCAGUGCAGGUGCUUCUGUAUCUAUUUCCUGGCAGGUCGUCAAUCUGGACUGCGCAGCCCUUGACCAGAAGCGGCGAGAAGACCUUUCAGCGGCUUAUGCCGCGGAUCUCGCGUCUACCUUUGGCGGAGUCUCUCCUCGGUACUUUCGAAACCUCGAUGGCGACGAAGCUGAGGUCAGCCUGAUUCCUUCGGGUCACGCCUCCUGCCAGGCCAGCUGCGUCCUGAUUCUGCCGGAUGGCGAGGCAUGUGAGUCUUGCCCAACUACGGAGCUUGCUGCAUGGAUCUACGAGCAGAAGAGCAUUAAAAGGAUCAACAGUGGUGCUUACUGGGAUGCGGAGCAAUGGGACCCAGACCAGCGCGUGUACGUGGGUGCAGAGGCCGGGCUCAAAAACCACCUCCAGGCAGUCGAUCCAUCCAAAGAUGCAGCCGGCGUUUGGCGAGUCUGGGCAGGUGGUUUGGCAAGUCUGGCUCUAGGCUACGGCGAAUCUGCCGGACCACCGAUCGACUUGAAGAUGCGGGACCCCGACGACAAGACGAAGCUGCAGGACUUGUAUGAGAUCCUUGACCAGUCUGUGGGGUCAGGCAGCUUUGGCAUCGUACGACGAUGUAAGCACAAAGGCACAGACACCGAGUGUGUCAUCAAGACGGUUCGGAAGGACGCCGCGGGAGAACGGUAUCGCGCCCUGCUUGUCGACCGCCGUUUGGGUGAGAAGCUGCUCCGCAUGUCCAAGGAGGCCAAGCAUCCCAACAUCGCAGUGUACCUCGACGUGCUGGAAGGGGCCACGAACUUCUAUGUCAUCAUGGAGGAGUUGACAGGCGCCGAGCUGAUGGACCAAGUGGAGGAGCUCUUCCCCGUGACCGAGGCUUACCUGCAAAAGGUCAUGGUGGAGAUUUUGCGAGCAUUAGCGCAUCUUCAUGAUGUCGUCGGGCUGCUGCACAGAGACGUCAAGCUCUCCAAUUUCCGAUUUCGAAGCAAGGCUGAAGACGCUCCCCUUGCAUUGCUGGACUUCGGCUUCGCCAUGAGCCUCGGCGAGGCAUGGGAUGGCGCAGUUUGUGGGACGUUGAUGUUUAUGGCUCCAGAGGUGGUGGGCGCCAAAGCUUCAGCACCCUACCUGGCAGCCAUGGACUUGUGGGCUGCUGGUGUUAUUCUUUACGUGUUGCUCACGGGGGAUUCGCCAGCCAAUGAGGAGGAGGUGCGAAGACUUGGCCGUGGAGGCAGUGAAGCUGGCUUGGUUUUGUCCAAAGCACUGGCGGCGACGGAGUUGAAGGCGGCAUCAGCCGAGUCUUUGCAACUGCUGAAGCAGUUGCUCGUGCUGGACCCCUCCCAGCGAACGACAGCGGAGCAAGCCCUCAAGCACCCGUGGUUCUCUACGGAUGGUGAGCAGCACAAGGUGAACGUGCCAAGCUCGAAGUAUCGGCUCGCCCGAUCUGCAAGUAGGAACUCGGAGGUCCUGACUCCCAGAGCAUGGAGCCAAAUUCGAGAAAAAUCUACGAAAAAGCUGGAUCUGCCCCAAACCUUCGCGCCACUCGAGCGGAUCGUGUCUGAGGGAGUCGACGAAAUGAAAGAUUGA